GGAACCGAUAUACUGUAGACCCGUAAAAAAAACCCCCACCAUGUCGGUCGCCUUUGCUUCUGCUCGCCCAAGAGGCAAAGGGGAGGUCACCCAGCAAACUAUCCAGAAGAUGCUAGAUGAAAAUCACCACCUAAUACAAUGUAUUAUGGAUUAUCAGAGCAAGGGGAAAACGGCAGAAUGUACUCAAUACCAACAAAUCCUGCACAGAAACCUGGUUUACUUGGCAACAAUAGCAGAUUCUAACCAGAAUAUGCAGUCCUUGCUUCCUGCUCCACCAACGCAAAACAUCAACUUGGGCCCGGGAGGAAUGACUCAGAGUGCAUCCAGCCAGUCUCUCCAUUCACAGAGCAAUCUCAGCGAUGCGAUUGGGACGGGCCUUCCUCCUUCCUCCCUCAUGCAGAGUCAGAUUAGCAACGGUCCUAAUCACGUGUCUAUGCAGCAGUCAGGCCAGAACACUAUGCCCACGACCUCUCUGAGUAUGACUGUCAGCAGUCAUGGAACUGGGCCUGGUUAUAGCCAUACAGUGCCUGCAUCUCAGAAUGUGCCCAUGCAAGGCCAGGGGUCAAUAGGCAAUUAUGUCUCUCGAACAAACAUCAACAUGCAGUCUAAUCCAGUCUCCAUGAUGCACCAGCAAGCAGCAACGUCACAUUACAACUCGGCGCAAGGAGGGAGCCAGCAUUACCAGGGGCAGUCCUCCAUCGCCAUGAUGAGCCAGAGCAACCAGGGCAACAGCAUGAUGGGCCAGCGACCCAUGGGCCCCUACAGAGCUUCACAGCAAGGUUCCUCGCAGCAGUACAUGGGUCAGGAAGAAUAUUACAGCGAACAGUACAGCCAUGGACAAGGCUCCUCAGAACCUAUGAAUCAGCAAUACUAUCCAGAUGGACAUGGGGAUUAUGCCUAUCAGCAGUCAUCCUAUACUGAGCAGAGCUAUGACAGGUCAUUUGAUGACUCUACACAACACUAUUAUGAAGGAGGAAAUUCUCAGUAUAGCCAGCAGCAGGCAGGAUACCAACAGGGAGCUGCACAGCAGCAAACAUAUUCCCAGCAGCAAUACCCAAAUCAACAAAGUUACCCAGGACAACAGCAAGGAUACGGUCCUGCACAAGGAGCCUCCUCACAGUAUUCCAGCUACCAACAGGGACAGGGGCAGCAAUAUGGCAGUUACAGAGCUUCUCAGACAGGCCCAUCCGCUCAGCAGCAGAGGCCCUAUGGCUACGAGCAGGGACAAUAUGGAAAUUACCAGCAAUAA